GGAGGUAUAUUAACAAUCCACAAUGUCGGGGUUUACUCCCAAACACAUUAAUGAGAAUAAGCUCAAGGCUUUCUCUCUGGGAGCCAUGGGACACAAAGCAGCAAGCAGGGGAGAAGAGGAGAAGCGAAAAAGGAAGGAAGAGGAAGAACGGAUCGGAGUCUUGUAUAAAGAAUUUGAAGAACAUUUCGAUGAUAAUCCUGUCGCAAAGAUCAACAAGACCUGGGUGAAGGCGGGGACCUUCAAUGCCGGGAACAGGAAGGAGGAUACGAGUGGGAAGGGAGAGCUUUAUAAACCUAAAAGUAAAUUGGCGGAACUGGCGGAGUCCUUUAGUACCCGCCAAAAGGCAAUGGAGGAGCAGGCACGUCUACGUGCGGCGGAGAUAAUGCGCCCUGAGAAACCUGGAAAGAAGAAGGAUAAAGAUAAGAAAAAAAGUAACCUCGAGAUAUUCAAAGAUGAGCUUAAAGCCAUUCAAGUUGAGAGAGAGGAACGACAGAAAUACAAGGCGAUGAUAAAGGCGGGUGGCGCCCCUAUCCCCGGCAAAUCUCUGCUUGACAUCCCACCGGGCGGAGCUUUGGGAGAUAUAAUGGCGGAUGUUGAAGGAGAUCCCUCCAGUACCAAUAUAUAUCUCGGUAAUAUUGCUCCUAAACUCUCGGAGAUGGAGCUGACCAAACUGUUUGGAAAGUUUGGUCCUCUUGCUAGCGUCAAGAUUAUGUAUCCAAGGACGGACGAGGAAAAGUCGCGAGGAAAGAAUUGUGGAUUCGUCGCGUUCAUGUCAAGAGCAGACGGAGAGCGGGCAAUGGCUGCGCUUCUGGGUAAAGAUGUUGCCGGUCACGAGAUGAGAAUGGGUUGGGGUAAACCCGUCGGACUCCCCCUCCAGCCGAUCUAUGUUCCCCCUGCUCUCAUCAAAUAUAUCACACCUCCACCACAGUCUGGACUACCGUUUAACUGCCAACCGCAAGGUCAUGAUGCGGACCGCUGGGGUCUAGCUUCUAUCAGCAAUAAUAAUCCCCGACCCUGCGAUAUGCCCUCUGAUUCCAAGGGAAAGAAAAGAUUUUACAGGAUGUUGAAACGAGCUGUGAUCAAGGUUGUCAUUCCUGCGGAUAGGAGUCAGCUCAGCCUUAUAAACAGGAUGGUUGAGUUUGUAGUGAGAGAGGGUCCCAUAUUUGAGGCUACAAUCAUGAACCGAGAAUUGAAUAAUCCCCAGUUUAAGUUUCUGUUUGAGAACCAGUCUCCGGAGCAUAUUUACUACAGGUGGAGACUUUUCUCCAUCUUACAAGGAGAUUCAAAGGAUAAAUGGUCAACAAAUGAUUUCCGAAUGUUCAAGGGCGGAUCAGUUUGGCGGCCACCGAUUCCCAACAUAUUUACUUCUGGUAUGCCGCUUGAGCUGCUUGGUUGCGACGGGGCAAGUGUUGAUCCCGACGAGAAAUUGGCGGAGGAGAAGGAAACUCCUCCCAAACCUCCUGUUGUGAUACUUCCCGGGAAGAAACCCUUAACAGACAGCCAGCGAGACACCCUUGAGUCAACACUUAGGUCCCUCCUACCUGACAGGAACGGGAUCGCCGAGGCUAUGGUCUGGUGUAUUGAAACUGCAGAGUGUGCAGAGGAGGUGGUUGAGUGUCUUGCUGAAUCUCUCUCCAUCCUGGAGACCCCAGUUGUUAAAAAGAUAGCUCGCUUGUUCCUGAUAUCUGAUAUACUCCACAACAGCACGGUCAAGCUACCUAACGUGUCCUUCUACAGAACUGGAUUCCAGGCGAAGCUGCCGGAAGUGUUUAAGGAUUUGCACGCCUCCUACACUAAUAUAUCUGACCGGCGCAGCGCAGAGGCAUUCAGGCAGAGGGUCAUGUCAUGCUUCAGAGUAUGGGAGGACUGGAACCUCUACCCGAUGGAUUUCCUGAUCAAGAUGCAGAACCUGUUCUUGGGUCUGGUAAACCAGGAACCGGAGAAGGAGUCCGAGGAAGAAGGAAGUGCUACGGAUGAUGAUGUUGACGGGAUGCCGCUAGAUGGAGCUGCACUACUUAAGGGAAACAUUGCCAGAGCUAAACUAGCAAGGUCGGAUACACAGAGUGAGGAUAGUUUGGAUGGAGAACCUAUCGACGGAGAAGCAAAGAGAACGGUUUCUCCGGCUCCUCCUCCUCCCGCCGGAGCAUUUAUUAAGAGUAAAUGGGAAACUGUAGACCCGGAGCAGGUGAAAGCCCAGGCCGUCACGACAAGUAAGUGGGAGAGGGAGGAGAACGAUGAUUUGGUAAAGGCGAGGAAGGCCCUGAUGGGUGCAAUGGCGAGCAAGUGGGAGGACCAGGAGGACAGCCUGGACGGAGAACCGAUAGAACGAGAUGAUGGAUCAUCAGAACUAGAACUUAAAGCUGCAGAGGAACGCCGACAAAUUCUCAGGGAGAUUGAAGUAAAAGUCAUGGAGUACCAAGAUGACCUGGAGAGUGGGAGCAAGGGAAUCAAAUCAGGCUGGAGUAUCGCGGAACAAGUCGAACACUUCAGAAAGAAACUUCUCCGUAAAGCUCUUGACGAAACUCCGAGGAAGGAAAAGGAACGUAACUCAGAUGAUUCGGAGCUGGAUCGAAGUAGUAGGAGCAGUAAGAAAAAGGAAAAGAAAAGAAAACGCGACCGUUCAUCAUCAGAAUCAAGGUCAAGGUCCCGAGAGAGAAACCGAUCCAAGGAUCGGAAAAAGAAAAAGAAAUCUCGCGAAGGAAGCUACAGUUCCACCCCGGAUCGGAGAAAGAAGGACAGAUCCCGGUCUCCGAAAAGAGCGAAGCGUUCCAGAUCAAAAUCCCCGAAGAAGCAUAAAAAGAAACGUCAUUAAUUAAAACCUGCCUCCUUGUUUAUAUUGAAUUCUCCUAUUUUCCAUAAUAACUUUGUGUAAUAAUUACAGA